AUGUCGUCAAUUACCAACGCAUCAUCCAACGCCUCCAUUGAUAAGUUCAAUGGAGACAACUAUGCGAUUUCGAGUCAAUACAUGCGCAGUGUUUUUUUGACGAAGCCCGUCUGGUACGUCAUAAACCGUGAAGCGACUCCGACUUUUACCGACCCGCGAGCGUCCGAUGACUACGUCAAGGCGAGCAACGUCGCAUUUGUCUGGAAGACGCUGUACGGUGGGUCGCAAAAGGCUGGACGCAUCUUCCUCAAGCGACAAAUUUUCAGCACCAAGAUGGUUGACGGCGCGAACGUGAUGCACCACUGCAACGAGGUCCUCAACAUCUCCGCUAAGCUUAGCGGGAUCGGUGCGAAGCUGGAAGACGAAGACGUUGCGAUUUGUCUGCUACUCAGUCUUCCGAAGAGCUAUGAAAAUGUGGUACUCAACAUGGAAAUGAGCAGCGCCGAGCUUCGUAACCAGGAUAAGGUGAGAGUGCUGACGAAUGAGCACGCCAAGCGUCAAGGAGAUAAAGGGACAACAAAAGCGACUACGGUGAAAGAUGAAGACGCAAGCAAGGCAUUUAGCACAGAAAGAAAUGGCUACGAUCGAGUGGCGUUUACACCCUCGUUCGAAUGUGGAGUUUCGACGAGCAAGGACGUGUCUGGAAUGUGGGCCAUCGAUAGUGGCGUAACGCAUCACAUUUGCCACGACAAUACCAAGUUUGCAAGUUUGGCAGAGCGCAAUGAGGGCGAACUCUUGGUGGCUGAUGGCAACAAGGUGGCCAUCAAGGGUGUGGGAACCAUCAUGGAAAAGGUGGUUCUAACCAACGGUGAAGAGCGCGAGAUCGGAAUCAAGAACGCGCUAUAUGUUCCAAAUAUGAGCAAGAACCUGCUUUCGGUGCCACAGAUCCACAGGCAUGGCAAGUUUUAA